AUGGCAUCUGCCGGUUAUUUAUACCCAGGAGGUUACGGAGGUUAUGAUGGUUACUACUACCCUCAGCCUUACAAUUAUGGAUACGACGUCGUGGAUGAAUACGGUAACCAACAAUGGAAAAACGAGCAGAGUGACGAAGGAAACAAUAAGGUUGGUUCCUAUGGUUACCGAGACGCUUACGGUGUGACUCGCCAGGUGAACUAUGUUGCUGAUGGCUACGGCUUUAGAGCCCAAAUUAAAACAAACGAACCGGGUACAGCGAACCAGAAUCCCGCUGAUGUUUACAUCUACUCUGAUGCCGAAUAUUACCCUGGAAGUAGAAAUAAGAAUUACAUGAUCCUGAUUUUUGCCGCAAUUUUCGCUGUUUGUAGUGCUGGCUAUGCUCCUUACGGUGCUUACGACGACUAUUAUGGCUAUCCUCAGCCAUAUAACUAUGGUUACCAAGUCGCUGGUGACUAUGGCGGUAACCAGUGGAAGCAAGAAUCCAGUGAUGGUGUGAAUGCUGUCGGUAGUUAUGGUUACACGGAUCCUUAUGGUCUCUAUCGUGAGGUAAACUACGUAGCCGAUGGUAACGGAUUCCAAGCUCAAGUCAAAACAAACGAACCAGGCACAGCCAAUCAGAAUCCUGCUGACGUUUAUGUUUAUUCUGAUGCUUAUCAUGGCUAUGGCGCCAAUGCUUAUCACUGA